AUGAUACUAGGUAUCGGCGUAGAUAUAAUUCAUUUACCACGAAUAUACGCGCUAAUCACACGAAAUUUUCCUCGACAGUUUAAAAGAUUUGUUACACGCAUUUUGGACUCUGAUGAGAUUAAGGAAUUUUAUUCUAUUUUUCCAAUUUAUAAUGAAGGAGAUAAUAUGGUAAUAGAAAAUUAUAAUCACCCCAUUGUGAGAUAUCUCGCUGUCAGAUGGUCAAUAAAAGAAGCAGCCUAUAAAGCUCUUUACCCUAAUUAUAAAGCAACUUGGAAAGAUUUAAAAACCACAUUUGUUCAUUCACAAAAAUGUUGA